AUGGACGGUCGCGACGUCACGGAGAGUCGAGACGUCGAUGGGAUUUACUGUCCGAUUGAUCGAAUGCGGGGAGAAGCCAUGGGAAGGGACCAGGAGGCGGACCGAGGGACCUCCGAGGUCGGGCCAGACUUUUCCGGUGUCGGGGUCUUUAAAGUGGGAGGGAGGCGAUGGGGAUCGAGCGGGAUGGGAUUCGCGGCUUAUCGGGGGGAUUCCGCACCGUUGGCUGGUUCCGUUGAGCAGUGCCGGUGGAAUGCGGUCGCGGGACUGUGUUACGGGUUCGUGGAUUUCGAAUCUCCAGAGGCGGCACUGAGGGCCAUGAGGGCGCUGCAGGGCCGGGGAAUCCAGGCUCAAAUGGCCAAGCAACAAGAACAGGAUCCGACGAACCUGUACAUCGCAAACCUGCCGGUGACGUUCGACGAGGAGCAGCUGGAGAAUUUGUUGCAGGACUACGGGAAGGUCGUAUCGACCCGCAUUCUCAGGGAUAACUCCAGCCUCAGCAAGGGCGUCGGCUUUGCCAGGAUGGAAAAGCGGGAGAUCUGCGAGGAGAUCAUCCAGCAGCUGAACGGCUCCAAAAAGUUCUCACAUAACGAGCCGCUUUUGGUGAAGUUCGCCGACGGCGGGAACAAGAAGCGAACUGCCGCCCACCGGCACCCGGAGUCCCCGUACGGCGAGGUCAGUCUUCGCAAGGUUUCGUCUGGUGGGGGUGUCACGCCCGCCCCACUUUCGGAAUUGGACGGCAGGGCGCGACCGGAAAUUGGGAGUAGUCACGAGUCGCAGGAAUGGGGGCAGUUGCGGGGUCAAGUGCGAAAUGCGAUCCUCGUGACCCUGCCACUUCAAGUGUCACCUGAAUAUUCUGCAUCAAACAUUGAAUUGCAUGAGUUCCUGGAACUCACAGUUGGGUGCUAUUCUCUGGCCGGAGGAGGUUACGAUGGGAUGGGCAGCCGAGGAGGUGGGAUGGGGAACGGUGCAGCGGCAGCGGCGGCGGCAGCAGCAGCAGCAGGGAUGUUAGCGACAUCCCAGCCCAUGAUGACCAGCCUGGCCGGGUUCCGCGGGUAUCACCCGGCAGCGCACCCGGGGACAUCCCAGGCCGUCACCUAUCCGGCCAUGUUUGCCUUCCAUCCGGGAGGGCCUGGAGUUGGGGGGCAUACCCAGUACCUACUUGCAGGACCCACAACAGGACCAGGAGGGCAUGGCCAUGCCCAGACUGCACCUCCAGCACACACUCACAGCCCACAGAUGCCCACAUCCCUUGAGAUGAUCCCAGGUGCAGUAGAUCCAGCAUCUCUCCAUGGAUAUACACCAAUGUUGAACCAGUUCUCGGCACUCUCGCUCAACCAUUCUCAUCCCACUCCUAAUCAUAGCUGGACCUUUUCCAACCAGAUGGUGUGCUCGGGACAGUAUGUAGCAGCAGGUGGAGCAGCAGGGUACCUGCACUCGGCAUAUGCAGGUCACCCGCUCAUGCCCAUCAUGACCCCGACAUUGCAUAUGAUGGAGGGUGGUGCCCAAGUCGCUGCUGGGGCUGGGAUGAAUGAAAACACCCCCAACCCCUCCCCUGAUGAGUAUGGGGGCUCUGGACCAACUUACAUUGCCUCUGCACCUCCCCAGGUCCCUCAACAACAACCACAAGUAGCUAAAUAAGAUGUAGAGAGGAUAAGAAGAAAAUUGACAGAGGUGCCUUGGCUGGAGAAGAAAGUUUGUUGGCUGUCAGCAGGCGCAAUCAGACAACAAAGGUUUUUUUUUGCCUGGAGAGAGCUUUAGAGAGUGUUUUUUUAGGGACACACACAGGACUGUGGGAGCCAAGAAAGAUGACUAGUCACACAACACACCCAACCUAACACAGCAUCCUCUGCAAAGGGGAAACCAUUCGCCUUCUGAACUACUUUUUUCUUCAAAAAUAUGAAUUGCACCUUCUGAGGACGCAAUGGGAAUUUUUUGCCAUAGGAAACCUUCAAUGCCGAAUGCUCAACGGCAUCCUCAACCACAACCCUGGAACAAACUUUCUUUCCAAACAGAAUGGAACAAACUUUCUUUCGUGCCAAAGUGAUUUCUAAUUUAAAAUGGGUGUUUGUCUGGAGUGUUUGAAUUUUUUUUUUUCAUCUGUCUGUGAGUUUUUUUGUCCUGAGAUGGUGCCUUGUGUCAUCAUGUCCUUCAGUUUUUUCUUCUCUUCCACACUCCAGGGAUUUUUUUUUUAUUUAGUAAGUUUUUAUCAGAGGCCAGUAUACACACGAGAGAAAGAUGUCAAAGUGGCCUUACCCCGCCAUCGAGGCUCAAGUUUGAUCUCUCCCUCACUGAGAAACUCCAACUUUUUUUUUCAUUGUUUUAUUGCCAAUAUUUAAGUGGAAGAGAUCUCAACCCAGAUGAGAGAGACAAGAUGCCGUGUUACCCAAGAGGUGGGCCACUUUUUAAAACCAUAGUUUAAUCUGGGAUUCCAUCUGUGAUUCCAAUUUUUUCUCUCUUUUUUUUUUAUCAAUGCUGGAGUCCAACUUGUGUGCAAUUUUUAUUUAGUUAGCACUUGGGAUAAGAACUUCCUCUGGUGCUUCAAAUUUUUUUUUUUUAGUAUCUACAGAAGAGCCUCUGAAAUUCAAAUGACAGGGUUGUCAGAUACCAAGAUGUAGAUAUUAGUAAAGGCAGAUUUAGUAAUGAUAGAUAGCAGUGUUUCCCCUUCUGGUCUUUCUUCUGAGCAAACACCAAAGAUGUUGAAUUCAUAAGCAGCAAACAUGCCGAGAUAAAAGGUUUCUCUAAUAUAUUUGAUGCAGUUGGAGGAAGAUAGGAGAGGAGUAAGGUUUCCCCUUCCCCCUGAGGACAUUCCAAUUUUGUGCAAGGCUUUGUUGUGCCUUUGUAUACCAUGUUUGCAGGGAACACACGAGAAGAAAAUGCCCACAUGUUCCAUUCCCCAUCCCCCAUCCCUAUUGAAGAUUUUCAAUCACUAGGGAAGGAAUUUUCUAUUUCUGUGAUGCAGACUAAUAUGAAGCAAGUUUAGUCACAGCCAAGGUCUUUUGGUCAAAUUUUAAGCAUAGUCAUAAGCUUUUUUUGGCCCUUUUUUUUCUGUGCUUGUUUUCUUUUUUUUUCCUUCUCUGGGGAGCUGAAGGAAUCAUUCUUUCAUGUCAGAGCAGCAUUGUUCACUAAAAAAAAGGAAGAAACUAUUGAAGGAACCAGCGAUUUGGAUCAAGGGGGCGUGGAAUUUCACCCCUCUCAAUGUGUGUGCAUGUGUGUGUGUCUGUGCAAAAAACUGCUAAAUUAAGGCGUUCAGAAAUGAGAAGAAAUGUUGAAGAUUGUGAGCCUGGGUGUGUGUGACUGCAAGAAAAGAGAAAACUUUUCUUGUUUUUCAUGUUUCUUUUUUGUACAAAGUGCAAUUGUGAUGGAACAGAAUUUUUGAUGGACAACGUCAAUGUUUUUUUUAAAGUCGUUUAUUUUGUGAUACCACAUUUUUUGUGACAUGUCUCCCUGCAAAGUCAUUUUUUGCCUCUGUGUCUGUUUGCCUGUCUUGAAUGUCUGUUGGCUUAAAAGGAAGCAAGAGAUUUGGAGGGGGUAAAAAAAAUUUGUACAUAAACAUGAGGGAAGAGUUUUAGUCAAGAUAAAAAGAUGAAAUUAAAAAAAAAAAAUUUGGGAAAAAAAAGUUGCAAUGAGGGAAGUUGUAAAUACUUGGAUGCAAGCCCUGUUGUGCACCUUUCUCUCUUUCUCUCUCCAUUUUGACUCCUCCAAGUUUUCUUCCCCUAGACUCCUCGGAAGCUGAACAAAGUCAACUUGGUCCGAUUUGGAAACAUGGAGCUUUCUGUCAUGAUGAUACCGGUGGCUUGUAUUACAGAGAGAAACUAGUCUUGUCUCACCCUGUAAGAAAGAGAAAAAAGUAUUUCGCAUAAGGUAUUCUAUGUUUUGGAUUCCGAGGAGUCUGGAGUCUCUAGGAAAAAUGAAAAAGGAAAGUGAAAAAUUUUCUCUCUUUUCUUCCUGGCACGUUGAACCGUGUUCCCUGUAAAGAAAGAGCAGAAAAAAAAAUAUGGCUGGAGACUUGCUGCUUUUGCACCUUUUGUUUUGAUUGGGUGAUUGAUGAUUGUGUGAGUGGGCACGAAUGAGGGAAGAAAAGAAAUAAAAAAUUCUGGACUUCAUGUCUCAA